UACUGAACGAGGCGGCUGCAACUCUCUCUCUCUCUCUCUCUCUCUCUCUCUCUCUCUCUCUCUCUCUCUCUCUCUCUCUGGAUCUUGUGCGCUAGCGGCAUGGAGGAAAAUGCCUCGACGGCGUGGGGGGAGGAGACGGCCUGGGAGAAGGAGGCGGCCUAGGAGAAGGAGGCGGCUAAGAAUCCCUUGCAGACGGAGGAGGAAAUGUCGGAGUGGGAGUCGGACCCGGAGGCGCCUAAUCUCUUGCCGAUAUCCGAUGACGAUGAUGAGGACGUUGUGGAGGAAGUGACUUCUGAGCAGGGGACUGCAGCUGCCCUGUAUGGGUUUCAUGGGGUGAUCUCAGUGCUAUUCGAGACACCCUCUGGCUUUGCAAUCUUGGGUUAUGAUGCGGCCAAGCUUCCUGAACCAGAGGCCUGGAAGCAUAUCUGGGCAGACUUCGUCAAUGUGCCAAAAGCAAUUGUUUGGCUGAGAGCCUUUCAACCUUUUGAGGACAAACUCCAUGCCAUUAAUGCCGCUCAUGUUUGUGAAGAGCUUGAUAGUAUGCUCAAGAAGCAUGUUGUCAAGGGGCAGCUACUAGCUGUUGGAAAGCAGGUUUACAAAACUGCCAUUGAGGAACACGUGGGAAUAAAUUGCCUGUACAGUCUUCCCGUCAGGGAGUUGAUGUGGGGCUUGGAGAUUCAGAUGAGGCGUUUUGUGCCUGAGGAAAAAUCAGAGCUGGCUAAUGAGGGCUUCCAGAUGAGUAAAGGAAUGGGAGAUCUCCUGAAUCGCUACAAUUUUGAAGUCAACCUAAAUAUGGUGGUUACUAAACGUAUUAUUGAGAUGGCAGGCAUCGUGUAUGAGUGUGAUCGUUGUGUGGACAAACAUAAUAACUCCUUGCGCUCUGUUGCUAAGCACCUUCUGAUAAUAUCUGGCGUUGAAACUAAGAAUUGGGAUUUACUGAAACUUGCGACCGCACUCAAGAUUGUAUGUUACCCUAAAGAAAAAAUUCCAGACGCUCGACAGCUGUUCCCAAAGCAACUGUUGAAGACGUUGAAGAAGGACGCACAUCGGUAUAAAAAUAAAAUCUUGAAGCUUCCUUGCUUGGAAGUCUAUAAAGAAAUUCACAAUGCCUGUAAAAUUAGGCUUGAGGCGGAAGAAGUGUUGGACCGUUUGAUCACGCAGGUCAAAAAGGCACAUGAAGCUGAACAAGCAAGUAAAGCUGCAAGUGAUCAUCAAAUUGGUCAUGGUAUCAACCCUGCCAAGAUUGCUGAACUUACAGAGUGUCAUACCAUGCUUUCAGCAAAUCGUAAGGAAAGACAGAUUUCACAAACUUUGGCACCCGUUGAUGUUCUUGAGAGAUAUACUCAGAUCUCCAGCUAUCCACUUAACAUGACGAUCAGCCCAGGCAUCUUAUCUAUGGACAUCCAUCCUUUGAAGUUUGGAACCAUUGCUUAGAGCAGACUCCACAGAGGUUCACAGCAGCAGCGGCAAUGAGCAAGAAAAGGAUGAACUGAUAAGCCUGAGCCAGCAGCCAACAUGUCUGCACCUGCAAAGCUUCAGUUCCUUCUCCUUAUAAUUAAGUUACUCGGUUAAGUGUGCAAUUACAGUACGGGUUUUUACGAUAAAUAUAGGUUGUUAAGUACAGAUAUAUUUGUGCCAUGCGGCAGUCUCAGAGCCAUAUAUACAUAAAUAUAUGGUGGCAUAAAGACUGUCAGAAUGUGCUGUGGUCAACAGAUGCCAGAGUGAUUUGUAGCUUGGAAUGGCAUCUCUCUAUGGGUUUCAUUUUUUUCUGUUUGGAUGUUCAGAUUGUUCAUGUCGUUUGUAAAUGUACAUUAGUGGAAAAUGUGAGAAGGUCCUGUGAAUUGGAAUAUAUUGAUGGGUUACUUACAA